UGCAUCUUAUCAUCAAUCAUCUUAUGCACUACUAUGAUGCAUGGAAGCAUUGCACAUGGUCAUAUGAUGUUCCAUAUAGUAUACCCCACAAAGACAAAGGCCCAAUCCAACAAAACAGAACUGUUCCAUUUUCUUUCUUCCCACCGAAUACUUCACUCUGUGUGUGUCUGUCUAUACGUGAGUGGUUCUCCUUUAUAUGUAUAUGUAAACAGCGAAUAAUGAUCUCAGGACCAAUCUGAGGAUUCUGCUUUCUGCAAUCUGCAAUCUGAAAUCUGCAAUCUGCAGUAGAACAAAAUAACCAAAAGAGAAAAUAAGAAGAAGGAGGAGGAGAUUUCUGAACAAUGCGAAAACCAUCCCCUUCUUUUGAUUGAGGGAUUCUCCAGGAAUAAGAGCCAGAACAGGUUGCAAUUCAAAAGAUUGUGAAAAGAGGAGCAGCAGAAUCAUAUAAAACAGCAUAAUAGGAAAGAAGUAUACGAAUUUGAUUGUUAAACCAAGAUAUUUGAAAUGUAAUAGGGAGAAGAAUAUGAAUCUUUCUCGCUUGGAAUCUUGUCAUGACUCACUUAAAGCAUCUAGAUUCCCUUUUCUCCCAGAAAAACUUGGUGAUUUGGUUAUAGUCCUAAUACGGAUUGGCAUACUCAUUUGCCUUAUAGCAUCAGUUUCACUUGCCCUUCACUCAGCAUUCUCUAAACAAGACCGGUGGUUCCCUUUACCAGAGCAUUUACAUGUCUUCCAGAAUGAUUCAGUCGUUGACAGUGGACCCACAAACAUCUCACACAUUCUGUUUGGCAUUGCUGGUUCAGCCAAGACAUGGCAUAACCGAAGCAACUACAGUAAGCUAUGGUGGGACCCGAACACGAGCCGAGGUUUUGUUUGGCUUGACAAGAAACCUCAUCUUUCGCACCUUGACAAGCUAAUGCCAUAUCAAAUCUCACAGGGCUGGACUCGUUUCAGGCAUGUGCACUCAGCGUCUGCAGUUCGGAUAGCGCGGAUAGUUUUCGAGAGCUUUAGACUUGGUUUGCCAAAUGUUAGAUGGUUUGUGAUGGGAGAUGAUGAUACAGUAUUUUUUCCCGAGAACUUAGUUACGGUGCUGGCAAAAUACGAUCACAAUCAAUUGUAUUAUAUUGGUGGGAAUUCUGAGAGUGUGGAGCAAGAUGUGAUGCAUUCUUAUAACAUGGCUUUUGGUGGUGGUGGAUUUGCAAUCAGUUAUGCAUUAGCAGCUCAACUAGCCAGAAUAAUGGAUGGUUGUCUUAGCAGAUACUACUAUUUUUAUGGCUCUGAUCAGAGGGUCUGGGCCUGUGUUCAUGAAAUUGGGGUUACUCUUACUAGAGAAAGUGGAUUCCACCAGCUUGACAUAAGAGGGAACCCAUAUGGUCUUUUAGCAGCACACCCCAUGGCACCUCUUGUAUCACUUCAUCACCUUGACCAAUUGGACUCAUUGUUUCCGAACCAAACUCAAACAAAUUCAUUGGAAAAGCUCUUCAUCGCGUACCGCCUUGACCCUGCUCGGAUAGUGCAGCAAAGUUUUUGCUAUGAUCACAGGCGUGAAUGGUCAAUAUCUGUUUCAUGGGGCUACACGGUUCAAAUCUUCAAAAGUCUGUUGAUACCAGCUGAUUUGCAGAUGCCAUUGCAGACAUUUCGAACAUGGCGAAGUUCUAGUGAUGGUCCGUUCACGUUUAAUGCUCGACCUAUGAGUCACGACCCGUGCCAGCAGCCAGCUGUAUUUUUCCUGGAUCAUGUUGUGAAGGUUGGCUCAAGUGGAAGUAUCACAAUUUAUGAAAGAUAUGUAGCCGAUGAAGCAAAGAAGUGCAAAGGAGCAGAUAACACUAUAGAAGUGCAGAGAAUUAGAGUUUCCGCCUUGACGCUUGACCCAGAAUAUUGGAAGAAUGUACCUCGUAGGCAGUGCUGCCAAUUAAUGGAUGGUGGCAGCAUAAAGAAUAGCAGUAUUCAUAUCAGAAUUAGGAAGUGCAGACCUCAAGAAACAAUUACUGCUUAGGGAUCAGUUGUUUUUGUUGGUCGGCGUAGUUAGUAGAUUACUAAGAGUUUGAGUCUUAUAGGUCUGGUUACUUACAUUUCCACCUCUAUGUACAUACACAGUUGUCAAAAUAUUCACAUAAUCUCAAAUUUUGAUCAAUAAAUGUUCUCAUGUAGUUUUUCUACUUGUAUGAAUUCCCUCAUAUAUAUAUUGUAGAAACAUAUUUUGUUUCUCUCUCCAAUUUUCA